CUUUUAUUCUAAGGUUUGUUGCAGUAUCUGACGUGUACAAAAAUUAAAGUGCAUGAUCAUCAGUAGGUUAGGUCGCAAUAUUAAUCAAACAUUUUUUUAUUAUUAAGAAUCGUACAAUCAUGCUCGAUUUAUUUACUAUAUUCAGUAAAGGUGGUAUUGUUCUAUGGUGUUUUCAAAGCACCUCGCAAAUAUUUGCACCCAGUGUUAAUGCGUUAAUACGAAGUGUCAUAUUGCAAGAACGUACGGGAAACCAUACAUUUGAAUACGAUUCCUUACGCUUACAGUACAAACUUGAUAAUGAAUUUGAGCUGGUGUUUGUUGUUGCAUAUCAAAAGAUACUACAAUUAUCGUAUGUAGACAAAUUUUUAAAUGACAUCCAUUUAGAAUUCAGAGAUAGAUUCAAAAAUGAAUUGGAGAACUCUAAAUGGUUUUAUAACUUUGAAUUUCAAAAUAAUUACGAGCAAGUGCUUGCUAUGGCUGAACAAUGGGCAAGGACACAGGCUAAGAUACCUAAACAAAUGCGUACCUUCGAUGAAAGUCAAAAAUCAAAGAAGACUGUUGCUAGUAUGAUUGAACGGAAAGAUGAUAAAGAUAAUAAAAAACAGGUAUGGAAAUGGGGGUCUUCGCUUUUAGGUAAAAGGAAGAAGGGAGUUAAUACUAAUAAAGAUGAUCAAAUGAAAAUUCAAGAGGUACCAAAACAGGAUUUAUCACACAAUCAAAUAAAUCAUAACGGAGAAAUAAAUGAAGAAGUUUUAAUUGCAAAUCGUAUGAAAUUGGCACAAAAAAUGAAUAAUCAAAAGAAGAAAGUUGAUAAGCAAAAAGGUCAAAAACCCGAGAAAGCUGGCAAGAAACCUCGUGUAUGGGAAUUAGGUGGGACCAUCAAAGAUCUUGCUGCUUUGGAACGCACCAAAGAUAAACCAGAAGAAAGUGGUGAUUAUGUGGCAGCUGAUAAAACAUUAGUGGGCCAAAUGAAAGGCGGUAUUCGUGAUAUAGUAGUUGAAAGUGACUCUGAGGAUGAGUCUGACGAAGAAAUGGAAAAUUCCAAGCCACAAGUACAAAAGAAAACCAACAGCAUGUUUUCAAUGUUUAAAAGUUUGGUUGGUAACAAAUCGUUGAAACGUGAAGACAUGGCUCCGGUUUUAGAAAAAUUGAAGGAUCAUUUGAUUUCAAAAAACGUAGCAGCCGAAAUUGCUCAAAAAUUAUGCGAUUCUGUUGGUGUGAAGCUUGAAGGAAAAGUGCUUGGUACAUUUGACAGUGUAGCUAAUACCGUCAAAGCCACGUUGACCGACGCGUUGGUACAAAUAUUGUCCCCAAAGAGACGUGUGGACAUUCUGCGAGAUGCAAUGGAAGCAAAAAAGAACAGUAGACCUUACGUUAUGACCUUUUGCGGUGUGAAUGGAGUGGGAAAAUCAACAAAUCUAGCGAAAAUUUGUUUUUGGCUUAUAGAGAAUAAUUUUCGCGUGCUAAUUGCAGCAUGUGAUACAUUUAGAGCUGGUGCAGUUGAGCAAUUGAGAACACAUAUGCGCCAUUUGAAUGCUCUUCAUCCACCGGAGAAACAUGGAAAUCAAACUAUGGUUCAAUUGUACGAAAAAGGUUAUGGAAAAGAUGCUGCUGGUAUUGCCAUGGAAGCGAUCCGUUUCGCUAAGGACUCGAAAAUCGAUGUGGUUUUAGUGGACACUGCAGGCAGGAUGCAAGAUAACGAACCGUUAAUGAGAGCCUUGACUAAGUUGAUUAAAGUAAACGAACCAGAUCUCGUACUUUUUGUUGGUGAAGCUCUUGUUGGAAACGAAGCUGUUGAUCAAUUGGUGAAAUUCAAUCAAGCACUAGCCGAUCAUAGUCAGUCCAACAAUCCUCAUAUCAUUGAUGGCAUUGUGUUAACUAAAUUUGAUACAAUCGAUGAUAAGGUAGGCGCGGCGAUUUCUAUGACCUAUAUUACCGGACAACCUAUCGUUUUCAUUGGGACAGGGCAAACUUAUACCGAUUUGAAAUCAUUAAACGCAAAAGUGGUGGUACAUGCGUUAAUGAAGUAAUUGUUGAUUUGAAUACUAAAAGACGAUAUUAAACUUAUUACAUAAAAAAAAAUAAUUAAAAUUUCGAUGGAUUGUUAUUGACAAUUUUAAGGAAUGAAUUAUCUCUAUUACCAUUAUUAUUAUAAUUAUAUACAAAAAGUUUAGCAAGAAUAAUAUAUUAUCAUGUUUAAAUAUGCAUUAUUUCUGAUCGAUCUAUAGUGCUUUUACAAUAAUUAUUUUAAUACGCUAGACGAUCCGAUAAAUACUGCUAUUCCUAGAAACGCUCGCCCUUAUAAAUGAUUUACCGUAAAAAUUUAUAGAAUAUUCUAAAAAAUAUAAAUAAUGCAAUUAAAAGAAAGAAAAUGGAAUACCAUACAUUUUUUGUAUGCUUCGCUUUUCUUUCCAUAAUUGUUUCAUUUUACGUGGUCCGUUUUCUGUAAUAUUGAUUUCUCUAGUCCACUUUUUGAUACCUGUUGAAUAUGUAUGAAAUAACCGACUGUGUAUUGUUGCAUCAGUCGAAUACGCGUCAAAUACGCGUCGAAUACGAUGUUUAACAAAUUGUUUAAUAAAUUUUACAAAUUUUUCUAGG